GGGAUGUAUGGUUAAGUAAACCUACCGAAUGCUGGAAAGCCUGGAUACAGUGGACAUGGAGAGGAUGUUUCCAUUAGACGGAGAGUCUGUGAUCUGACAGCAUAGGCUCAGAAUAAAGACGCUUCCCUUUAAAAUUGAGUUAGACCUGCGGUGAGAGAUUUAUUGGAAUAAAAAACCCAACUGGAAGCAAACCACGACUGAAGAUGAGGGAACAUCAACAAGUGAACCAGCCCGAGGAUUGAGAGCAUCAACUGAAGAGAAUCCAUCUGACUCGGAGAUUCCAGUGAUUCAGUCAGGAGAAAGUUUGGUUAAAAACGAGAAGGAAUUUGUCUCCCAGAAGCUCAAACAUGGCACACCAGUUUUGCUGUCUCUGUCUAGAUAUUUAAGAGGUGAAGCAAGGGAUUCAAUCAACCUUCCUAUCUGAUCAGACUACGGGGCAGGAUUCACUCAGUCAUUUGACCAACUGGCACCUCCAUUAUUUUACACAGGGGAGAGCCCAUUCUUCUGCUCAGGCUGUGGGAAUGGAUUCAGUCAGUCAUCUCAACUGAAGGUACAUCAGUAAGUUCACAUUGGGCAAGGUCAUUCACCUGUUCUGUGUGUAAAAAAAAUAUUUAGUCUGUCAUCCCACCUGUGGACCCACCAGUCAGAAGCUGGUAAUCUGCUAAAUUUCUGGGGAAGGAUUCACUCAGUCAUCUGACCUAAUGGCUCACCAGUCAGUUCACACAAGGGAGAAGCCAUUCACCUGCUCAGACUGCGGUAAGGGAUUUACUCGGUCAUCUGACCUAAAGGUACAUCAGCGAGUUCACACUGGGGAGAAGCCAUUCACCUGCUCAGUCUGUGGGAAGGGAUUCACUCGGUCAUCCUACCUGCAGAAUCAUAAGCAAGUUCACACUGGGGAGAAGCCAUUCAUCUGCCUAGAAUGCGGGAAGAAAUUCACUUCGUCAUCCAGCCUGCGGAGUCAUCAGCGAGUUCACACUGGGGAGAAGCCAUUCAUCUGCUUAGAAUGUGGGAAGAAAUUCACUUCGUCAUCCAGCCUGCUGAGUCAUCAGCGAGUUCACACUGGAGAGAAACCGUUCACCUGCUCAGAAUGUGGGAAGGGAUUCACUCAUUCAUCCAGCCUACAGAGACACCAGCAAUCUCACACUGGAGAGAAGUCGUUCACCUGCUCAGUCUGUGGGAAGGAAUUCACUCAGUUAUCCAACCUGCAGAGUCAUCAGCGAGUUCACACUGGAGAGAAGCCAUUCACCUGCUCAGAAUGCGGGAAGGGAUUCACUUUCUCAUCGACACUUAAGGUACACCAGCGAGUUCACACCAGGGAGAAACCGUUCACCUGCUCAGACUGUGGGAAGAGAUUCACUUUCUCAUCUAACCUGAAGGUACAUCAGGUGGUUCACACUGGGGAGUGGCCGUUCACCUGUUCAGUCUGUGGGAAGGGAUUCAUUAACUCAACUGAACUGAUAGUUCAUCAGCGAGUUCACACUGGAGAGAAGCCAUUCACCUGCUCAGACUGUGGGAAGAGAUUCACUCAGUCAUCUGACCUAAAGGCUCACCAGCGAUUUCACACCAAGGAGUGUCCAUUCACCUGCUCAGACUGUGGGAAGGGAUUCAUUAAGUCAGCUGAACUGAAGGUUCAUCAGCGAGUUCACACUGGGGAGAGGCCGUUUACCUGCUCAGACUGUGGGAAGGGAUUCACUUCCUCAUCUAACCUGAUGACACACCAGCGAGUUCACACCGGGGAGCGGCCGUUCACUUGCUCGAACUGUGGGAUGAGAUUCGCACGGUUAUUCACCCUACAGUGUCACCAGCGAGUUCACACUGGGGAGAAGCCAUUCACCUGCUCAGACUGUGGGAAGAGAUUCACUCAGUCAUCUGACCUAAAGGCUCACCAGCGAUUUCACACCAAGGAGUGUCCAUUCACCUGCUCGGACUGUGGGAAGGGAUUCACUUUGGAAUUGACUCUAGUGAAACACCAGCGAGUUCACACUGGGAAGAAGCCGUUCACUUGCUCAGUCUGUGGGAAGGGAUUCGCUCAGUCAAGUAACCUGCGGAGUCACCAGCGAGUUCACACUGGGGAGAAGCCAUUCACUUGCUCAGAAUGUGGUAAGGGAUUCACUAUGUCAUCUCACCUACUGAUACACCAGCGAGUUCACACUGGGGAGAAGCCGUUCAUCUGCUCAGACUGUGGGAAGGGAUUCACUAUGUCAUCUCACCUACUGAUUCACCAGCGAGUUCACACUGGGGAGAAGCCGUUCAUCUGCUCAGACUGUGGGAAGGGAUUCACUUGCUCAUCCCAACUGAAGGUACAUCAGCGAGUUCACACUGGGGAGAAGCCAUUCACCUGCUCAGAAUGUGGGAAGGGAUUCAGUCGGUCAUCCAGCCUACAGAGUCAUCAGCGAGUUCACACUGGGGAGAAGCCGUUCACCUGCUCAGACUGUGGGCAGGGAUUCACACUGUCAUCCCACCUACUGAGACAUCAGCGAGUUCACACUGGGGAGAAGUCGUUCACCUGCUUAGACUGCGGGAAGGGUUUCACUCGGAUAUCCAACCUGCAGAGUCAUCAGCGAGUUCACACUGGGGUGAAGCCAUUCACCUGCUCAGAAUGCGGGAAGGCAUUCACUCGGUCAUCGCACCUACUGAGACAUCAGCGAGUUCACACUAGGGAGAAGCCAUUCAUCUGCUCAGAAUGA